AUGACAGUGAUGAUGACAUCAACGAAGAGUGGGGAGGCAAUGCGUAUUCGUUCGCCGCGGCGCGACGGUCCAGCGAGCAAGACGAAUCCAUCCGGCAAAGGAGUAUCAAGCAGCAGUGCCAACGGCAAUCAUGCUUCGUCCUCAACAUCGUCAGGUCCUUCUAGAAGUAGUGGCGCGCCGAACAGCGCUGCAGGAGUGCGGACUGCCACUAUUAAUAGCAGCGACAAUCGCAUCACGGAUCAGCGCCGACUGACGACGAUUAAGAACUUGGCGGGCAAAGGGAUUGCGAGUCACGCAGCACUCUGGCUAGAACGCGGGAUUUGCGAAAAAAGCUGUCGAGCGAAACUCCCCUCCGCGAACAAGACUGAAGUACCAACGGAACCGACUUUGUUUGUGAACAAUCGACAGCUGUCAUCGGACGAAUACAAGGAGUACACGGUGGAGUACCGACGUGUGACGCAGUUUUUACGCUCAAAUCCAAGUCUACUAGCGCGUAUCGCAAAGGAGGCGGCGGCAACAGCAAAACCUCUCUCCUCGUCUGGACAGGCACCUUCUAUACAGGCAGCACCUGGACAGGCACCUCCUAGUAAUCCCUUGAUGUCCAUGCCACGAACGGAUGUGGAGUUGUUUGCCUUUCAAAUCCCGUUUCGGUCGAACGCAGAGCUGGAAUCCAAGAAGAUGACGGAGCGACGCGUGCAACUAGAAGAGCAGGCUAUGCAUGAGGCCAUGGCGGUGGAUCCAAAGGAUGAUCCUAGAUGGAGUCUAGUCAGGGGAGGCCAGUUCAAAUUAUGAAGAUGAGAGGAAUAUAUCCAUAAUCGUCGAAUAUCAAUAAAUAUAUAAUCAACAAUAACCGGUUAUUGUUUCCCUCAUAUCCUAGGUCUAUCCCGCCAAACAAGAAUAUAUAUUCAACAAGCGCUAAUUAUUGAUUAUCAAAGACUUUGACUUUAGUUUUUAAGAGUAACCUUAGCAUAAUCUUGAUGUCUUCAAUCAAAUCUAUGAUAAUUUGUUCACAGUGGUUGGGUUAGUGGUUGCCACGUCGUGGUACUGGUACACUUUUAUAUAUUUAUAGUAAGUCCUUAUGCUUAUCAGUUCUUUCCCCGUUCAUGAGCCUGCGAAAAAUGUGGCAGUGAAGAGGUGCUUAUGCUCGCGACCGUGAGUACGAACCGCAAGGAGGAUCAAUCAGACGAGCCCGUUUUGACAUUACGUUGUUCGGGUUGUGGCUUUCUCUGGAAGGAGACGGACGGCGAGACUUUUGCCGGUUGA